AUGCUUAUGUUUAUAGAUGGAUUAAUUUUACUUGGACUGAUUACAUUAGACAUUUUAGUGGCCCUCCAUUUCUUGAUAGCUAUUAUGAUUGAGAAUUCAGCUGAUGAUGAUCCAUCCUUCAAAGAAAAAAUGUGUCUAUUUGAUGGAUAUCUGACAGCUUACUGCUUGUCAACAAUAGUUGCUUAUUCAAUAUGUCUGGCUCAUUGCGUACUUGAGAUGAUUUCAGAUUUUCAAUACAAUAAAAAAUUCACUUCAGGGUUUAAGUAUCAUUUGAUUGCAAAUCUAACAGGGACUACAUUUUGCAUUCUUACAGCUAUAUUUGAUGAUGCAGGUUAAGGUGUAAUGGGUACAUGCGCUAUGGAAUAUGGAAGUUUUAUACAAAUACAUAGAAUGAUGUCAACUAAAAUUUCAUCAGUGUUAUUUUGCUGCAGAAAAAUACCUUCUGAAUUCUAUGAGCAAUCUGAGUCUGAAGAUUACAAAACAAAUGUCAGUGAAAGUGUAAAUUCUACCAUCACCUAAUCUAUGGUCAAAGUCUAAAUUGACGAACAGUAGAUAGUUUUUUAUAGAAGUAGCAAUAGGACAUAGACAUUAUUUGGAGGUGAAAUUCAAAGGCACAUCUCCUAAAACCUAUUAGAUCAGCUAAACUCUCCAUAAUAAUCAAAUGCUCGAAUUAAUAAACCACUCUUUGUGUAUAUUUAAGAAGAGAAUUCUAUUAAAAAUCUAAGAAAAAUGUUCUCAGCUAUUAGCUAUCACUUCAAGCUGAAGGCGAAUUAAAAAAAUAAUAAUAAUCAAGGCUCAUAGAGUCCAGGCAGCCAUUUCGGUGUUAAUAAAAGUACAGCUAGUAUGACUUAUAAUGAAGGCGGUUCGAUAAAAUUUUCUGAGUACGAGUAAAAAAAAUUUGAUAAGAUAAGGAGGAUUUCUAAUAUUUAAGAGUCUGACAUCAUUAAAAGCUUUAAUAAUUCGUUGAACCAUAAAAUCUUCAAGAAAAACAUGAAUAAGCAGCAAGCAGGUAAGAGUGGGAAGCACAUCAUAAUGACUCAUGAUAAAAGAUUCCUAGUUAAGGAAAUAGAUAGUUAUGAAAAAGACACUAUGAUAAAGUUCUCUGAGUAUUAUGCUGAGUAUUUAGAAGGAAAUGAAAAGAGUUUAUUAGCUAGAAUAUAUGGUCUUUUUUCACUUAAACUUCCCUAAAUAAGCAAAGUAUACUUUGUCAUCAUGCAGAAUUUGGAUUUCUAUUCAGACUCAAAAGUACUGUUCAGAUAUGACCUAAAAUUUUCCGAUAUAAAUCGAAAAAGAGUAGAAACUGUUUAGGAUCUUAUGUUUAUCAAAGAAUACCUUGUUAGGAAAGACUCAAACUUCUAAGACAUUCUAACUAAUCAAACUGUAUAAUUAAGAAACACAACUUUAUUGCGAUCUGAGGCAGGCUCAAUGACAAAGGAUAGAAUCGGAUCAACUCAGGAUGGGAUCUUUGAGAAACUUGAAAAAUUACCUUCUAAACUGUUCAAUGGUUUGAAGAUAGAUGAAUAUCUAAGUGGAAAGAAUAAUAGAGAAUCCUUAAUAAGCAGCUAAAAAAGUGAAGGACAAGUUAUUUCAGCAAACCAUACAAAAAUCAAGAGUAAUUUAGCAAUUAGCAAUGAUCUGACACACUCUGAAUUGUAGCAAAACGAAGAGCAUAAAAGACAAAGCAUGAAGGUUGAUAGAGAAGUAUUUAAGAACCUGAAACUCCUUAAAGAUAUAGACUUUUAAAAUUUGCAUGAUGUGAUUGAAAUAGACAAUCAGCACUCUGAAGAAUUAAUGGAUUUCUUUGAGCAAGUAAAGAAGGAUACCUCUCUGUUAAGAGCCUUUAAUCUGAUGGACUACUCCCUGCUUCUGGUCAUAAUAAGAGCAGAUAGUGUAAGUGAAAGAGACAAAAGACUUAAGUGGAAUCCGUACUUCUUCAAGACAAAGAAUCAAAGCUUUCUUAUUACAAUGGGCAUUAUAGACUAUUUGCAGAUAUAUGAUCUGAGUAGAACGAUUCAAGGCAAGGCACAGAGAAUUAUAUCGUAACUCAGAAAUAAGCAAAAUUAGCAAGUCUCCUGUGUGAAUCCUCUUGAGUAUUUCAGCAGAUUCAAUUAAGGCCUUACCAAAAUAUUCUCUGUAGGUAAAGAUCAAGACUUAAAUGAAAUGGAUGAGAAGGAUGAGUUUUAAAUACCUGAAACAGGUUCUCCCAACAAAGUUACUCGGACAAGCUAUGAAAUUCAUUAAGACUAGGAUCAGAUCAUGUUUAUUUGA